AUGUCUGUUGAAACGAGCAUCAUGUCGGCCUUGGAGCUCGAUGAAGCCGCUUCGCUACUUAUACGGCUGCGAUCCGAAUCGCCUGCACCAGCUUUCAAUACUGCUGCCCUCGGCCAUGUUAGAAAAGGCAAUGCGAUUGCUAUAGACGACACAGCUGAAGACGUCAACACGGUCGAAGACGAUGCUGAUGUGAAAAGUGCUGCGAAAACCUUCUCUGUCGAAGACUAUUUCGGCGUCCAAUACGAUGACCUCGGGCGACUGCACAUAGUCCAUGCCUGCCCGCGGCCGGACACGCAAUGCGACGGCUUUUCCUUUUCUUCCAUCCAAGAAUGCCUAGACCAUGAGAGGGAUUGGCAUGAAGGGCCUUAUAGAUGCUUCGUCUGCGGGCAGGUCUUUGCCUCGGGCGCCAGGCUACGACGCCACGACCAUUACAAAGACUCGAAGUUGCGAGAGGAGGAGAUCGAAGCAACAGAGACCCGAAAGAGCGGCUGUCGGGUUUAUCACGGCAACGACCCAGCACGACGAAGAGCUCGAACCCUGGCCAAGCUUCUCAAAAAAGAAGAGGCUGAAUGUAAAACGAAGCACGGCAAGGAAAUCAAGAAGCGGGACCGGGAAAUGGUGGCGUCAGUCAAAAAGGAGCUGGCUAGAAAGCGAAGGAAGGAUGGUCCGUUGGUGGUGAUUGGCGCAGGAGACGGGGUGGCUGUGACGGAUGAAGACGGCAGAGAUGGUGUCAAGGGCUGUGAAGAGCCAUGCUGUCCAUGCUUUGAGAAGUACUUUAUCAACAAGGCUGUCUAUAAACGACACGUCGCUUCCCAGGGCCACCUUCAUGCCGCACGAAUGAGCGCAGCCUUGCUUCAGCAGUUGACCAUCAUGACCAUGGCAAAGACAUCCGUGCAGGACGCUUCUCCCCCGCCCGACGUGGAAAUGUCUGGCUGCAGCAGCAGAAACCACCAGAGAGAGGGUACACCGGCACCGACUCAUCCGAUUGACACCCAAACCCAGCUCCUCUCGCCGCCACCGACACCGCAUGGCACGCAGCAAGACGCCGAAGGCAGCGACGAUGACAACGAUCGCGACUGGGACGAUGCGGAGAGGACACCCAUGGCGCUGGAGCUGCGCCUGGCCAAGACGCAGAGGACGCUGAGAGAGUUGAGAUGCAACGCGCCAGGGUGCCCCAUGUAUGAUCGGCGGAUGGCGAGCUCUCAGGGCUACUGGGGCCAUUUGGCUUCGGAGGCGCACGCGGCGGCGCUGAAGGCGUGGAGCGACCGUGGCGGCGACGCGGUGUAUGUGGAUGUUUGA